AACGAAGGGUUUCUUCUUUCCGGUGGGCCCAGCACCAUAGAGGGUCGGCCCCCGCCACGUUCCUAGAGCGGCCGCACGGCGCCGACUGACGGCGAGGCCCGCACUUCCGGCGGCGCGAGGGGCGCCCAGCGAGCGAGCGAGCCAAGGCGGCGGGCGGCCCGCUGCGCGAAAAUUGAGCUGUGUAGCUCUAGGAAGUGAAACUUCAGAAGAAGAGAGCAGACUCUUAAGAAUACAUUUGGCUCAUCACCAUGCGGUUAGGAAAACCAAAGGGAAGUAUUUCUCGGAGCUCAAGCCAAGGAAAAGCCUAUGAGAACACACGCAAAACAGGCCGGCAGCGGCAAAAAUGGGGAAUGACUGUUCGAUUUGACUCAAGCUUGAGUAGACUGAGAAGAAGCCUGGAUGAGAAGCCUUAUAAAUGUACUGAAUGUGAAAAGAGUUUCAGUCAGAGCUCAACUCUUUUUCAACACCAGAAGAUUCACACUGGAAAGAAAUCCCAUAAAUGUGCCGAUUGUGGGAAAAGUUUCUUUCAGAGCUCUAACCUCAUUCAGCAUCGGCGGAUCCAUACUGGGGAAAAACCCUAUAAAUGUGAUGAGUGUGGAGAAAGGUUUAAACAGAGCUCAAAUCUCAUUCAGCACCAGAGAAUUCAUACUGGAGAAAAACCCUAUCAGUGUGAUGAGUGUGGCCGCUGUUUCAGCCAGAGUUCCCACCUUAUUCAACAUCAGAGAACCCACACAGGGGAGAAGCCCUACCAGUGCAGUGAAUGUGGCAAAUGCUUCAGCCAGAGCUCUCAUCUUAGGCAGCACAUGAAGGUGCACAAAGAAGAGAAACCUCGUAAAACCCGGGGCAAAAAUAUUAGGUCAAAAACUCACUUAGUGUCCUCCUGGAAAGCUGGCACAGGUAGGAAGUCAGUGGCUGGUCUCCGCUAAGGAAAGGGCACUGCUUCGGCCUUUAAAAUAAAUAAAUAAAUAAAUAAAAGCUAUCUCUUUUAGAACUGGAGAUAUUUUGUAAUAGAGCACUUAAAUACUAUAUCCUUUCCUAGCAUGGAGACAUUGUAAUGACAUUGGGCUGAAAGAAACUAUGAGUCCAACUGUUCUCAUCUUUUUUUUUUUUUUUUUUGAUGUAACUUGGAGUACAAAAGACUGAAACUAUGUUUUGAGAGAAUAUAAGACCCUUGACCUCAUGUGAUGCUGCUUCCUGCAUCAUUUUGACAAAAACAACCAUGUUUUGAUGACACAUGUGAAAGUGCAGAUAUUCUGAUGACUCCUCAGCUUUAGGACUUUCUGUGGAAGGAGGAAUUAAAAGGGAGAAGAAAUUAAUCCCAUUAGUUUGGAAGUUCUGCAACCGAUGAGGAGAUUUUAUGUUUGUAAAGUUUUGUAGUAUAUUAACCAUUGGUUUGUAAGUAUGACUCAAGAUCAACAUAUUAACAUGUAUUCAUGUUCGAAGAUUUUUAAUCAACAAAGCCCCAUCACUCUGUUAGCUUUUUUUUUUCUUCCGCUUCUGCUUAUGGAUAGUUACUAAUUAAAGGAAUUGAAUUUCCCUCUUUUAUACCAAAUUCUUAGAUUCUAGAAGCCAAAGUGAGAACUGAAUUAGAUCACAAGUCUCCUAUUCUUAGAAGCACAGUUCUUUGAGGUGGUGUUACACUGUGUCACUUGUUUUCCAGAAGUUGGGGUGGACUUACGUUGAUCCAUCCCCAUUUGUCUUUUGGCAUUCUCUUAUGCUCUGACAAACUGAGCUAGCCUUUUAGAUCUACAUCAAUAAAUAAUUAAACCCUAUACCAACACACCUCAACUUGUUAAUUAGAAAUCUACAAUUUACUCACUUCCCUGCUUUCCCCCUUGGAGAGUUUUCAGUAACGUUGCUUAUCUUAAAUGUUUGUCAACAGCGAAAGUCAUUUAAUUCAAGUGUUGGUGCAUUUGUAGCUCCAUGUGUAGAUUUCGAAAUGUAAGCUAACUUUCUCUGAGUUAAUAUGAAUUAUUUAUGAAGUCUAGCAUACAUGUUUCUUAACUUUUAUCAGAACAGUGCCAAGUGUCAGACUUUCUGAUCAGCCUUCAGCUCAGGUUUUAAUUUCUAUGGAAUGCUAACAUUCUUCUGGUUUUUUUGUAUCUUUUAUAAUCAUACCAGUUCCUGCUGUAUUAAUGACAGUUAUCCAUAAAAAUAAAACAAAAUGAAAUAUUUUGCAUACUA